AGGUUGAGCGACCCGUGUCACGCAACAUUGCUCAGGUUUCCGUAAAGAAUUAUAUCCUAUCCAUAAACUAGAGCAGCGCCGUAGUUUAAGUGUCGAGGUAGAACUCCAGCUUCCAAUAAUGUCGUGGCAUUCUCUGCGCGCCUUCAUGAAGAGCAUUGGGACAUGCAAUAUAAGACUUUGCGUCUAAAUACUCGUUACAACAUAUUUCCAUUGGGAGCUGCCGUGCGUGGGAUGUUGGACAGGGGUUACUUCGUUCUGGUGCCAGAGCAAGUGAUACUUGACGCAUAUAAAAAUGCAGUGGAUAAGAAGGGAAAAACAUUGGGAAGCGCAAAAAGAGGGAAAUUUCCAUCAUUCAAUAAGACCGACGUGUUCAAAUACGAGCUGCUUCCGAUUGACAAUGCAAUGGAUCAUAUAGCACUUUUGAUCCAGGACGCAAUACGCGAACGUGCGGCGCCAUCAGAUUUCACUGUCCACACCACUCCUUUCGACAAUCUUCCUGUGUUUACAAGUCAUGUACGAUUGUGAUCUACCGGAGUGGGAAAGUACUUUGGCACCUGAAAUCCCAGGAGCUUGCGGCAUUACUACUAAAGAACAAGAAACUCGCUGAUAUGUAUGACCUAUACAGGACGUGGAUCCAAGGGGUCCCUGGAGGUGCGAUGAAGGACUUGGAUUUUAACCCUCUACGGCAACCUUCCGAGGAGAAGGAACCGCUGGGGAGAGUGUUGCGUCAUAAGAGCUUGAAGAAGGAAUCGCUGGCGAGGCAUACGGAGGGUGCGGACGGUCGAGGAACGUGGACAGUGGAUGCGAUACGCAAAUGGGCAGGGGACGUGUCGAGCUCGGGCAGGGACGAAACGGAGGGUAAGGGACGGGU